AUGGAAGGACGGCAAUAUUACUCUCCGAGAGAAAACGUCGACGGAAACAGAACCACCAUGGGAGGACCUCACUCGCCGUGGCAUUCACCGGUUCCUUAUCUCUUUGGUGGUUUAGCGGCGAUGCUCGGUCUCAUUGCUUUUGCUCUUCUAAUCCUCGCUUGCUCUUACUGGCGUCUCUCCGGUUAUCUCGACGGCGAGGAAAACCAGAGCAGAGAGAGAGAUCUCGAGGCCGGAGAUGGGAAACCCCAAAAAGCGAUGAAGCCCGUAAUCUUGCCGGAGAAGUUCUUGGUGAUUAUGGCCGGAGAUGUAAAACCUACUCACUUGGCGACGCCGGCAGAAAAAACCUGUACUUGUGACGAUGACGAAGAUGAUAAUCACUUGGAGGGUAGUGAUCAGGUGGCGCAGCGGAGUACUGAAAGUAACGGUGCGACACACUGA